AUGAAUAAGCUACAAACUGUUGAAUAUCAAUUCAACCCUGAGAAUCAUACUGUGGAAGUUGAACAAAGGAAUUUUUCAGAAGGAGAGUCAGAAAAUAUGGAAGAAAUACUAAUUAUCAGUGAUAAUAUAUCACCUUCUGAGACCAACACAGUGAAAUAUAAACGAGGAAAUAUUUCAAGAGAAAAGACUAUGAACCUGGAUCAGCACGAACAUAAUGAAGAAAAAUGCAAACUACGCCAGAGAGCCCAGAAUUAUUUGAAACGCAAUAUCGAUAAUGCUGAGAAUACAGCAAAGCUUCAGUGUUAUGAGAGAGUUACCGAUGAAAAAUCAGCUAUUCUUCAGUAUUGUCAAAAACAGAGGAACUGGAUGGAAGAAAACCAGGAUGCUACAGAAGAAGUUAUAUAUGACAAUUUGGGGGAUUUUCAAAAAUGGAAUAAGCAACUUUUCGAUAUAAUGGAACAAGCAGUAACGACUAUGAAUUUGGAACAGCAACAAAUUAAAGACGGGAAACGUAAUCUAAGCGGGAGAGCAAAGGAUGAUUUGAAAAGUCUUAUUGAUAAUGCUGAAAGAAAAACCAAACUUAAGCAUUUUGAGAACUUAAUCAAUGAAAAGUCAGCUAUUGUUCAACAUUGUCAUAAUAUUAGGAAAUGGAUGGAAGACAAUCAGAAUGCUACAAAAGAAGUUAUUUAUAUCAACCUUGAGAAGUUUCGAAAUUGGAUUAAACAAGUGUUCGAGAGAAUGGAACAAGCAGUAAAGAUGGAAAACUUCCGACUGAUUUUUAUACCAAUUCAGGAUGGGACAAAAGAGGUUAAAUGUUCCAUUCGAGAAAAGUUUCAAAGCCAGAUUGAGAUGAAACUGAAGUAUUUGAAAACUGAAUGCAAAGAUAAAAUAUAUCAAAGAAUAAGAUCUUAUAAAAACUCUGAAAACCAUCAAGGGGAAACACAAUUUGAGUACAAUUGCAACGGCCCAGUCAUCGCAGGCCUACCGUAUGAGAGUCAUGGUAAAGAAAUCUAUAGGCUAGAGGGAUUCGUCUUCUCCAAUCCUGCAAGAAACUCCUUUGCUUUAGCUUUCUUUUUCGAUGAUGAAAUUAUGCAACAAAAGGUCGUUGAAUAUUUCAAUAGACGAGGAUUUACAGAAGAAAUCAGCUUCAACACUCAAUCUAUAAAACCAGAUGACAAAAUCAAGGCAGAGAUAGCAUGUGAAAAUCAAGAGUUUAAGUUCAGCGGCAAUGGAACUUGUACUUUUGAAAUCGACGAUGAUUUUCUCGAAUUCAAGAAUUGGAAAAGAUUUUUCUUCCCCCUUGAAUAUGGAAAUCACAAUUUUCAUGCAAUUCAGAUAAAGUGCAAUCUUCACAAGAACGGCACUCUUCUAGAUGGGAACCAAUCUUUCAACUAUCCCUGGAUUUGGGAACCGGCUCAUUCGCAACCUUCGGGAUCAACAGACAAGCGGCCAUUUCCAGAAGGUGGAAGUAGUUUUGCUCCUUCAGAAAACAUCAAUGUAAAAGGUAAAUAUCAACAGAUAAUAGAAUGA